CUCCUUACUACGUCAUUAUCUCUAUUUGUUGUAUUUUUGUAGAUCAUACAACUGUGCCUGGAGGCCGGAGCUGAUAUAAGCACUACACAGGUAGGAAAGUCACAAAUAAAUUAUUAUUAUUAGUGUUAUUUGAGAUGAUCCAGAGACGUGUUUGAAUAAAUAAAUUGGGUGAAUGAACGAAAAAAUGAGUACGAACGAACGAACGAAUGAAUGAGAAGAUGGGGCUCUUUAAGGGUCAAAACUGAUCUAUCGCAAGCAUUUGUAUAAAAAGUUCCUACUAUUUUUAUAGAGUUUCAAUUUUUUCUGAUCAAUUUCUCAGGAAGAUCUUUCGACUCCAUUACAUCUUGCCUGUAGUCAGGGUAACUUGGAGAUAACGAAGCUGUUGGUAAACCACGGAGCAAAGAUUGAAAGAGAAGAUGGCGAUGGAUUAACUCCGUUACUCAGGUAGCUUUCAUUCAAAACCUUUUUAAACGAAUUUUAAAUUCAGAUGACUGACUAAUUUAGAUAAACAAUGGAGGCCAAAGAAACUUGGGACUGUGCGAAAAAAUCCUUCCAGGUAACUGUUACGGAGGACUCUGCUCCUAAUGACAAUAAUUGGAUCGGCUUUGGUUUCAUCUUUUCGUCCCCCCACUCCCCCUAGCAAUUUUGUGGCCAAAAAUCGAUUCAUUUUCACCCAUUUUGCUGAAAAUUCAACUUUGUUUGAUUGUGAGGGGAGGAGUCGCUAGUUUUACUAAUAUCACUGGAAAGGUUCCAACACUUGUGACCUUCAUUGGAUCUUUGAAUUUUUCAGUGUAUAGGCAAAUUUUGGCUCUCACGAUAUAGCUCCACUCCAGUUAGUCGAUUGGCGAAAACCUGAUCAAAUGCAGGCUUGAACUUUUUGUCACUAUCUUGAAAUGAAAGAUGAUAAGUGGCAAAGUUUGACCUGUUUUAUUACCGUUUACGCCAUGGAAAAUUAAGGGAAAACUCCUUGCUGGAUGAAUAUUUUUAAAGAGGAAAUAAAACUUUUUAAAAUGGCAACGGUUUUCUCCAACUGAAUUUCUUGGCGUAUUCCUCUUUUUUAUCUUCUUUGUGUUAUAAAGGUGUAUUCCCAGUGUGUUGUUGGUCAGUCUCUUAGCAUCUCCAAGGAAAAAAUUUGAAUGGACAAAUUUUUAUGUGCUAAAUUUUCUCAUUUCAGAGCUUCACUUGGAGGACAUGUACCAGUCAUUAGCUACCUUCUUGACCAGGUAAAAAAUAUCCCGAAAAAUACUAUAGUGAGCUCUUUGAUUUCUGCAUUGAUAACAGCCACCAAUGAUUCUUCUGUUAGGGAGCACAACUGUACCCUACGACAAACACCUGCACCCCCUCCCCUCUGAUGUGUGCAGUCAAGCGGAGCCAGCAGGACGCGGUCAAAUUUUUCCUGGCCCGCGGUUUUCCGAUGAAUCUUACGGAUAUGAACUGGCGGACAGUUCUUCAUGUAGCUGUGGCAUGUGCUGACAUUGAAACUGUGGACUCGAUUCUGGCGGUAUGAAAACUAUAAUGUUUAUGGAUAUAUAUUAAAGUGUGUGCCUAACAUAAAAACAUUUUCUAUUUUUGACAAAGGUGAGACUGUAAAACAAAAAAGUUAAAAGUCAUAAACAAGAAAAUGGAAAAAGAUGGAUUUAUAGAAGGAUUUUUCAAUAGCUAGCUUCCAAUAAAAGCCUCUCUUUCGGCUUCCACUGAAUAUAGAUCAUACAGGUGUCUUUUUUAUCCUCGGAGAACUUGGGACAGUCAGUAGUGAUGGCAAGAUUUUCAUUAUAUUUUCUUUACAUCCUCUGCACAAAAACGACGGGAAAUUUCCUUAUUCCUUGUUUUUAGAGAGGACAUGAGUACUUAACGAAAUUUUACGACAAAAAUUCGCCCCUUAAGAUCCCUCCCCUUAGAAUGGAGCUUGGCGGAUAGCCUUUUGUUGAACUGAAUGAAAUGGCAGCUGUCAACUAUCACGAGGGACAAAAGUGUUGAGACACUUUCAUAAAAUGGCCCUUUUUUCGUGCAUAGUGGACAGGGGCGUACCUGCCUUUGAGCAAAUAAGCACGGGCUCACAAGUGAUUCGGAUGGUAUGAUAUAUAUUUUUUGGAAAAGAGAUGUACUGGCAAGGAGCCGUGUAUUUUCCUUUGGUCGAUCACAUAGUACAAAAACUAAAUGAUAGGCCUCUGUGACAAGAGAAUCGUUUCAUAGGACAAUAUAUUGUUCCAGCAAAGCUGAAUUCUUUUAACAGCGGAGUACAAGAUAAGCUUUAUGAAACCUACAAAACCGAUCUUUCAGAGAAGAGAGACUUUGACAAUGAAAUUUUAAGGUGGCAAACAAAGUGGUCUCAUUAAUCUGAUAAAAAACCAGUGACACCCACGAAGACACUCCAGCAUGCUAAUCCGGACCUUUAUCCCAACGCGGUCGCAAUUAUUACCAUUCUCCUGACAAUGCCAGUGUCAACUGCCACCCCGGAACGAUCUUUUAGCACGAUGCGCAGAGUGAAGACGUACUUGCAUUCCACGAUGGAAACAGAGUGACUCGCAGCACAUACCCUGAUUUAUGCUUGCAGAGACAUACCCAUUGAUGUAGAAGCCGUGAUUCGUGAAUUUUGCGCCAAAAAGAACAGACGUCUAGCUUUCGAAUUUCUUUGAGUUCCACCAAGAUUUCAGAUAUGUUUGCAACUAAUGUGUCGCUAGUCAGGUCAUUACGUUGUUGCUUUAGUUGAGCACAGCCACAACUGGCAGCAUUUUAUUAAAUAUUCCAUUAUUUCUUGUUCAAUAUGGAAUCCUGGCAUUUGCCAAUUAAUUAAGCGUCCAGAUGGCACCAGACUACAUCUCAGAGUACUUGAAUUUUCAGAAUUUUCCGGGAGGGCAUGUCCCCGGACCCACCUAGCAUGUCGCACCUUGGGCUCUCCUUAUGGGUGCUAACGCGCCCAUAUUGUAUCUCCCCUCAAUAUGCUCCACCAAGGCUUACAACAAAAAAUGCCUAGGAACGCCCCUGGUGGAUGUAUCUAUCCCCUCCCCCUGCGUAUUCCCACCCCUUCCUCGCAACAAUCUAUUUUGUACUUUAAGGAACGUUGAUUCGUGACUGGGGGAUUUACGGCGUUAAAACAGAAUGAAUUGAUCAAUGAAUGAUUGAUAAAAGCGGGUUUUAGAUACGUGUGUCCCUGAUUGUAUUGUUCGUUUGGUUUCAGAGCGGAGGAGAUAAGCUUUUGGAGAACAAAGACCAGUAUGGUAAAACAGUUGUCCAUUACGCUGCUGCCAGAUGUAAUGUAGAUGUACGUAUAUUAGUGAGCUUAGGCAAAGACGUUGAAAAUUAAGCGACGCACGUCAACUGCCCUCAUCAAAGUUUUGAGAAAAUCGUCUCUAUAAGGGUCACGAGACCUAGCAAUACAAAACUGGUACCGUCAAGUCAGGGGCGAAGCCAGCCCAUCGACCCGGGGGGGGGGGUACUCCCAUACAUUACCUAUACGGGUAUAACGGGGUCGUGAUUUUGAAGCUCCUGAUUUAGAACGGGGUAUCCAUUUCAGAGGCGUUUUCUAGAACGGGGUAAAAAAAAUUGUGGAUCACGGCUUUAUCUUCUGCUUAAAAUUGUUGCUGAUUAUGAAGAAGCAUUUAUUUGAUGUAUAAGUCGAACAAAAAACAGGGCUAUUUCAAUUUACAUACUUUCUAGAACGGAAUAUAAAAAAUUGGCCCAUUUCUAGAACGGGGUAUCAGUUUUAGGGCGAAUUCUAGAACGGGGUAUAAAAAAUUGGCCCAUUUCUAGCACGGGGUAUCAAUUCUAGGGGAAUUUGUUUUUAGAACGGGGUGCCAAUUUGGAGUCCUGGGCGGCACAUACCCACCCAAAAAAUACCCAAGUGCCCCCCUCGGGCCCAUCAACCUGUAGGCCUGAGCCUACAAAUUUUUGAUUUGAUCACUCUUCCCUCUUGUAAAAAAUUAUGCGUCGUUGGGGUGAGCUAAAAAAGUCCACCAUAACAAUGGCAAGAUCUAAGAAUGCCAGCGUGUUAUAGCUACAGACUUGGUCCUGAUAAAGAGCAAAGAUGAUAGAGUAAAAGAACUAACCAUGAAAGCAUGCAAGAAAAUGAACUCAGUUAUCGCCUCAUUAUAGCAACCAAGUCCACUAGCAAAUACUUUAUUGACUUAUGGAAAAGCCUUCAGCGUCUCAGCUGCUUCGAUUACGGCCUACGGCCUCAGUACACUCAUUUUUAAAUUGUAGGUUGAAACUCUUGUCUAAUGGUUAACUUGAACCUCUCUUAUAUAUGGAAAAUAUUUAACCGUUAUUAAGUGGCUAAAUCAGAACCUCUUAUUCAAUGGCUAAAUUAAGUUGCAUAUAUAUGGAAAAUAUUUAGCCAGUAAUUAAAGGCUAAGUUGCACCUCCUCCAUAUAUAGUUCGUAGAUAUUUAGCCGUUAUUUAAUGGCUGAAUUGAACCUCUCAUAUAAAGAAUAUAUUUAGCCAUUAUUUAAUGGCUAAAGUAGAUUGUAUAUAUAUGGAAAAUAUUUAGCCGUUAUGUAAAGGCUAAAUUAAGCUGUAUCUAUACGGAAAAUAUGUAGCCGUUAUUUAAUGGCUAAGUUGAACUUUCAUCAUAUAUACAUGGAAAAUAUUUAGCCGUUAUUUAAUGGCUAAAUAAGUUGUAUCGAUAACGAAAAUAUGUAGCCGUUAAUUAAUGGCUAAAUUCUCGGAUUGUAGAAUGUACAAAGUGACUUUAUGGGGAAAUUUUUCUUACAAAUGCAGAGUAAAUUUAUUACAAAUUUUGCAUUUAUAUAUACACCCACCACUGCACCACAGUGACACACAUGUUUAGAUAAAUUAAUUUUGUUAUAUCAAAACCAUUUUUCUCUGCCAUAGACGCUGUUUGAAGAUGGUGGAGCUGUAUUCAUCAUGAAUUCAAAUAUAAAUUUGAGGAAAUUAGCUUAAUUAGAAGUAUACAUAAAAACAAUUCUUAAGAAAAACUGGUGGAUUGGGGAGGGAGUAGGUAAACUCCAGUUUUAAUUAAGCAGUUUGUAAAGUCAUCUUGAAGCCUGAAUUUCACGCUUUACAACUAAACUUACAAAAACGAAAACGUAAAAUUCCUGUUCGUAAAUUUGAAGUAUCUAAAAGAAGCAGUGAAGCUGAAAGAAAAUGUAGGUGAUUGUGUUGGUGAUGUUGAUGAUACUACUAAUGAUUUUGAUCGCAAAGUCGAAAGACAAUGCGGUUUUUUUAUGGGCGCAUUUAGGACCACCGCCUCCUCUCUCCCCAGUCCCUGCGUGUCUGUUUUCGAAUUAGUCUCACGGUACGUCUCUGCACAUGUAAAGAAGACGAAAACAACUUCGAGGAUGAGUCAUUUUCACAACGUGCAUUGAAGUUUUUUAAGUUCUGGGCCCUUUUUGCCCACAUCACCUAUUGCGGACGCUUGAACUACCAUCUAUAUGCUGACGCUGAAAUUAUAUAUUACCUUCAUUUUGGCGGGAAAACGUGUCAUUCUUCACAACGUGCAUUGAAGUGUGGUGUCCUCAGGGAUCAGUUCUGGGCCCUUUGUUGGAAAACGACUAUCAUGGUGCCGACAUCCAACAAGUGAAGUUGUUAGGGACAUUGAUGAAUGGAUGAUAAGAAACUAUCUUAAACUAAACCAGGACAAAACGGACCUUGUGGUCAUCAGUUCCAGAUUCCAUCCUAUGCCUGACAUCGGUCACAUUACUGUUGGUUCUGAGUGCAUUGCACCUCGUGACUCGAUCUGUUCGUAAUUUAGGGGUUCAGUUUGAUAGCAUAUUUAGUUUUGAGGAGCACAUUAAGAACAUUUGUAAAUCAUCAUUCUAUCAUUUGAGAAAUAUUGCUAAAAUCCGCAAGUACUUAAGCCAAGAUACAUGUAAAAUCUUAGUCCAUGCAUUUAUUAGUUCGAAACUUGAUCACUGUAAUUCCUUAUUACAUGGCCUUCCUAAGUAUCUGUUAGCUAGACUACAGGCAGUUCAGAAUGCUGCAGCUCGUGUUGUCACAUUGACACCGAGGCAUGUUCAUAUAACUCCUAUUUUAAUUAAUCUUCAUUGGUUACCAGUUGAGUUUAGAAUAACUUUUAAAGUCCUUUUAUUGGUAUACAAGGCCCUUCAUGGCCUUGCACCUUCUUAUAUUUUAUUAUUAUUAUUAUCAGUCUACUUGGGGUUUUCGCAAGAAUGUCGUAGGUAGAAACAAGUUAUCAAACGUUCCCUCGUCCUCGAAUCUAAAGGUCUCUAUCUACUAUCUUGGAGCUUGGAAGCGUGUAGCGCGAGCGCCUGAAAAAUGCAAAAAAGUUACCGAAGGCGUUUGAAUUUAGACUGUUCACAGUCCCCUAUUUUUUCGUCAGACCGGCAGGAUCCGGAACGCUUAUCGGUACGGGCGGCCAUCUUGGCGUAACGCAAAGCGCUCGAUCUGGACGACUAUCUUACGGGAAAACAGGAGACUGUGAACAGGCUAUUUUGAAUGUGAGUUAACAAGUAAGAAGUUAAGGUAAAAAGGAUUGUGCAUGAAUGCAGAGUUUGGAUGAUAAGUAUGUGUAAUCAAAUGGUGACGAGUGAAAUUAGGGAAUAAUUUCACGCGCGUUUUGUCCUUAUAAUUUCCCGAUCCUUUAGAAAUUAUUAGGAUUUGGACAAAACGCAAGUGAAAUUAUGCCCUAAUUUCACGAGUAUACCAUUUGAUUACCUAUUAAUAUCAUGGGUGACGAAUUACGUUAGCAAUCUUGGAUUUUGACAUGUUUAUCCUGGAUCGUAUCGAUCGAGAACUCCCGCACUCUCUCGAACGUUUAGAGCUUAAAUUUGGCUUAAGUUCCGGAGUUUUUCGACAAAAUACCUGUUAGAAUCCUUCUUGAUGUGCUCUUUCGUGUGUUCAGGUUUUCUGAAGCUUCUUUUUGUGCCCUGACAUCUUCAUUCAUGACAUUUUAAAACUUCGUCGCCAUCUUGACACUGAGACGUACGGAAGGUUGCGAUGGCAAUUUUGUAAUUUCACAUGUGAAAUUACAAAUUGACGCUGAAAUUUCGCGCCAAAAUUAAGGAGUAAUUCGUCACCCAUGAUAUUAAGGGACUAAUUUGAACACAGCGACAAACUUUUGCAACUUUAUUAUCCCACUCGCGAUAUUGUUCAUUACAUUUGCGGCUAAUUAGAGUUUUCUCUGUCUUAAAUUUGUCAUUAAAAAUGACAUCCAUUUAUAUCUUCCCGUCACCAUGCAGUUUGAUUGUUUCUCAAGUCAGCCGUCUUUAAACCAGACCUGUUUUCCUUCAUUCUAUUCAUACCUAUGCGUAAGGGAAAAAAAUAUGAAGUUAGCUAGUUAAGAUCAGAAGACCAUUACGGAUUAUUAUAAAGUAUUUUAAAUAGAGUGUUAAAAUUACAAAUAUAAUUUAUGCUUUUGGGUAUUAAUUGUAGCCGAAGACUGGUCGUUGGUCGUAUUUACGAGGUUUUGAGAAAGGAAAUGAUUGAACUUUUGUUGGGACUAGUCAGUGAAAGAAAACUACAGUUUACAGCAUCUUGAAUUGUUUCGUUAUGACCAGGGGGGGGGGCCCACGACUCCAAUUGCGCCUAGUACUUGGCUCGUGUCCCUAUGAUCCGCCGAUUUAUGACAUCACAUCCGGUUGCAGAGUUGCUGCUCUGUUUUCGCGCGAAGCACAAAGAUGGACGCCCGAUGAUAUUUGGUUUCCUCGUAUUAACUUGCGAGUGCAGUGGAAUUCUGGGAGAAGCAAAAUGGCGGAUACAAUGUUGUCAAUUGUACGUUGCGUUCUCGUUUGAAGAUCUCCUUCUAAAUGGAGAUUUCUGAUAUUAUAAUGGAAACGUUUACACUUGGUACUGCCAUCGGUUUAAACAUGACGCAUGAUGCUUCCUUUCGUGCUGAGAGCGUAAACGCUGUUCCGCGUGGAACAGAGCGAGGUCUGUUGAAGCUAAGCUUAGUUGUUUCUGCUGGUGCAUAAAUGCACUCAUGAAAUCAACCCGACUGAAAAGUUUCCAAAGAGACCAUGGGAAGAGAGUACGGUUCACUAGCGAAGCAAGUAUUGUAGUGUUUUGUUUGACUGAGACAGAAAAGGAGGAAUAUGUACGAGGAGAAUUACCAACUUUAUAUUUUGAAUUCAGUUGGAAAAACACCCUCUUUGCCAAACGUGUGAGGACAAACAUUGGCAGAGCAACUGCAACUGCUGUCAUUUCCAUAAUGUGCGAUAUCGAUAAGUGAUUUUAAAUGCUUUAAAUUAAUUACUUAAAUGUUUGUUGUCAAAUUAUAAAAAAAAAACACUUCAAUACAAAGUUUUUGGUACAAACCAGCUUACAGUAUUUUACAGAGAUGUAUUGAAAUACUGUACUUUUAGGGUUUUAUUUUUUGGAAAAAAAAUACAGGAACCAUUGAUUUUUUGUCCCUUAUAUUGUAAAAUAAUGCUUUUAAAGUCUAAGAGAAAUUUACCCUUUUGGUUGCUUCUAACUCAGAUUUUGUCUCUGCUAAUGUAAUACUAAAACAACACUCUUGAUAUUAGCCUGUGCCACAGAUGUAACUAAACUCUAGGUUAAGUCCGUCUGCAAAACAGCAACAAAAUCCUAGUUCUGGGCCCGCUGUCUGUGUAUCAGGAUUUGAGUAUGUGCCAGGACUGGACUGUUAAAAAUGCCAUUGUCCAUUUGCCAAUCAUGUUGUAGGGAAACUCAAAAUGCCGGUAAUUUGUUGAGUACAUUGGAUCCCAGAACAAGGAUAUCAGUGCUGCUUCACAAGUGUUACUAACCAGGGUUAGAAUACAUCUGCAACACAAGCUAUCUUGAUAUUUAAUGUUCAAAAUAUGAGGUAGCUGAAAUUGUUGAACAUUUGGAAGACUAAUGUAGAUGUCUUCAAGACUGAAUUAACUUAUGCUAUGACAUUGUGUCCCUAGAGAGGUGGUGUUAUCAGUAGAUUUCAAUUUUGUAUAUGUUCUAGUUGAUUUUUAUUUCAGUUAAUUUUUAUUUUUCGAUUGUUUCUGGGUAUGGUUAUGUAUGCUAAUUAAUUUAAAACAAAGGAAAACCAAAAAUUAACUGAAAUAAAAAUUAACUGCAACACAUACACUAACAUGUAAUUCACCUAAAUGUCACCUUUUUCUCCUUCAGUCACCUAAAGUCGCCUUAAAUCACCUUAAGUUGCACAACAUUUUGACUAAAUUUUCCUAAAGUCGCCUUAAAUUGCCUUAAGUCGCCUCAAAUUAUGGCGACUUAAGGUCCUAGAGUAGGCCUUAAAAAGUUUAAGCGCUCAAAGUGUUGGUGAGGCCAUUGCAUAUUACUGAUGCGUACAAUUUUCAGGAUGGCAGCCAGGCCUACAACUAGUUGAAAAACUAGCUAUGCCCCUGCAAGUCAUAUUAAAAGGGAAAAGGCCGCACUUACGGUUGACGUGCAUCGCUCAAAAACGCCUUUGCUGAAACCCCAUAUUAAGGUGGCUAAACACAGUUUUGGCAGUUUGUGAGUAUAUGUCAUUUGCCAACUGACAGCUCACAAGCUGAAACUUGACAAGUGAAAAAUAUACUGAUGAAAGAUUUUGAUUGACAGGUAAAAUGUGACUUUUUCGUAGUUUCCAUGGCAACAUGAACGAUUGAAUACAAGCUUAAAAUUUCACUUUUGCUCAGUUUACAGAAAAAUCACUCAUUACAUUUUCCUAUAAACUUGCACACAGCGUACUAUAAUUAAUCAUUACCAUUUGAAACUUAUUUGACCAAAUUUUAACAGAGGGGUUUUUAGAUAAUCAAUAAUAUAAUUGUACUGUAAUUAUUAAACAUGUCAUAAAAAUCGUCUGUUCAACAUCCAUUUUAAAAUUCUCAUUAUUUAAAAUACGAUAAAAGUAAAAAUUCUGCCAAAUAUGACAAAAUUUUAAUGAGUAGAUUUUGAGAAAUUGUCUUCUGUGUACCAUUGCUUUUUCGCCGCCAUGUUUGUUAGUGUAAGUUAAAACACUCGCCGUCACGCGAGAUACCGCUGACUGCCCGCGAAACUGUGUGCAGCCACCUUAGUCUCUCUUACUUAACUUGGAUAAUUACAUUGCACGUUUUAGCGAUUUCCGAUGACAUACCACUUGGCACUUGGCCACCAAUCAAACUGCUUUGUCAUCAAUUAUUUAGUUACCCAACAAAUGCCCAUUCAGCCAUUCAAAACUGUUAUGACAUUAUCGAUCCACAAAUAAUGGGCACGUGUCAAAACUGCCAUACCAACGAUGACUGUCAAAAAUAGACACAAAUCUUAACAUACAACGUAAAACACGCUAUCUUAAUGAAUUUUUUUCUCGUCCAAAUGAAAUCUCACAGCUUUGUUUUCAUGACUCUGUCAUCUUGUUGGCUUUGGAAAUUAAUGAGAUUCUUUUGCAAAAAAGGUUAAAAUGUUCCCCGUAUAUACUACAGUAACUAAUAUUAACACCCUAGGAACAGGGGAUUGCAUCCUACAAGAGUCUUGUUUCCCAUUUAUGCCCUGAGAUCUAAAACGAGUUCUUAUGUGGAUCAAGUUGGUUUCUUGCUGCUUCAAUCGUGGUGUUGUCCUUGAAAAGAUGUUUCCUUAAGUCAUCAUAAUGUUUUUUUGUCUCCAAUGAAGCCAACACUUCAAUGAUUUUUUUUGAGUCUGAGCAUUUAUGAUUUCCAUUGAAACAACCAACAGGUGAUAUGACCUUGUUCUAGAUUUGUUUAAGACUUAUUUUGCCCCAAAACACUACGCCUCUGGAAAUACAACAUAGGGAACAAGAAUCAUAAGACGGGAAAAUCUUAGAUCUGCCUAAUAUCAUGUCGUUUUACUAAUUUUACAGAUCAUAAACCGUCUCAUACUCGUUGGAGCAGAUGUCAGAGCAAAGGACAACGAUGAAAGAAUUCCACUUCACUUGGCUGCAGAGUUUGUAACAAUUCAAUUUUUUAAUAAACUAUUGUUAUUAAAAAACGAGGUAACUCUUUACACAUGUAACUUUUUUUUUUAUCAGGAGCGGAGUCGUUUGUGUGGUGAGAGCUCUCGUCAGCGUAUGCCCAGAAUCUGUUAAUGACAUCGACUAUGGUUCCCGUACGCCGUUACAUUAUGCCGCUAGGAAGAGUCGUGUAGCGGUGGCCACACACUUACUAGAGAGUGGUGCAGCAGCCGAUUACAGGUAUAAAUUUACAACGGAAAAUUGUGGGUACUUAUUAUUUAAACGAGGAGGCCGGAAAGAUCUAUUGCAAAUAGGAAUGGUUGUCCCCAUUCUGCAGGAAAAACCUCAAAAAGGAUGGGCUGUUGGGUAGCAAUUUUGAUUUUUACCUUCAGUUGUCAAGCAAGUUUUUAUGUCUCGGAACCACUUCCAUUAAAGUAACUAAAGUGCUUGAUUACCAAUGCAAACUUUCCAUGUUGCAUCUUUGCAAGUACAAUGGAACUUCGCGUGUUAUCUAGAACUCCAGUUACCUUAGGUGUCCCGCUAUAGGUCAUUUUGAGUUUACGACUGGGCCCAACUGCACCGUGGGAUUAUCUUAGGAGUCUGAUUUUCCCCCAGUUUUCUGCACAACUUAGUAAUAACCAAUAAAAAAAACGUAAUAGCGCUACCAAAACAUUCCCAUAGCACAGUCAGUCAUUGAGCCAGUCUCGUGUUCAGCUUUAAAAUGGCCAUAAUUUAUCCCAUUUUCCUUGGUUUCCUUUUCUUUUUAGUCGCCUGGCUAAUUUGCACUCGUUUAUCCCAAAUGGUUGUUUUGGUUGUUGAAAACAAGACGCGGGGACCGGGAUAGCGAAGGCGCAACGUAUCAUCCAUUUUUAUGAUAGUUACUAGAGGUAUCCUGUUAUUGAUGACCGACAUUUGUUUUCUUUUGUAGAGAUGACGAUCGUUACACACCGCUUUGUCAUGCCGCGUUGGUUGGGUGCCCUGCUACAGUUGAAACCCUUCUUCACUAUGGAGCGGAUAUCAACUGCCUGGAAAAAAAUCGAGUGAGUAGGAACCUCUCUGCUUAAUACGCGCAUAGAAUAUGCAGGAUAUGCUAGAUAUCAAACAUUUUGCAAUUCACGGUCUACGCUUUCUACAAAAGCUUUCACGAUAGCGAGUUAAAUCCAGGUGUCAUUAUAUAGGGCCAUAAUUUCAGGUCGAUUGAGAGGCAGCAAAAAAUAAAGAGAUCCCACAAAAGGGAAUGUAUUUUGGACGGAAAGAUGGCCACGCCCGUGUUGAUGAGUCCAAAUUAGGGAGAUGGCUUCCCGGUCUGCUUUAACUAACCAAUCAACCGGUUAGCUCAGAUGGUCGGGUACCUUAUCAGAGCGGAAGAUCAGGCCUCGAUUGGCGACCGAACCGAAUUUCGAGUGAAUCAUUGUGUCAUAUGUGUCUACUGCUAUUGGGCAGAUCUGUGCCCUGUAAGACUGGGUAUAUAAAAAAAUGUUUGCCUGUCUCAGGUACAGUAUUCACAAAGCUCUCAAAUACCUCUGUUGUGAUUGGCCUUCCAAAACAAACCUCAGCUAUUGUUUUCAGGGACAGGGACAUUUUUGCUCAUUCGUCUAUUGUUUCGUCACGAACCCUCUCAGGUACUGGCCUUAUUGCGGUGCUGGGUAGUAGCUUCUUGCAGCUCACAGACUGAUCCUUCAGGGAUCCUUAGAGCGACAAAGAGAGAACCGCCAAUGCAGGCUAGCAUUAUACCUUAAAUUGUUUGUAUUUUUCUUAUCUCCUUUAUUAUAACGUGAUCAUUGCAGAAGCCUCCAGCAAUAUUGGCGUCCUGUUCUGGAAAUUUGAGCGCCCUCAGAAAGCUUAUUCAGUGCGGAGCAGAUGUAGCCCUCGUAUCAUCAACUGGGUCCAAUUGUUUGGAUGCAGCUAUCAAAUCUGGAAAUACAGACGUAUGCAUGGAGUUAGUGAAAAACAAAAAGUAUGAAUCUUAAACAUGUGUCUAUAGUCCCGUAAAACGGAACCAUAAGUACAAAAUUUUCGUCUUUAAAGAGCACAACCAGCAUGAAAUUUAGUUUUAGAACCUAUUUGAUGAAUGAUCUGUUCUUUUUAGUUUCACCAACCGGAUGAAAAGAUAGAGAACUAUUUUAUACUGGCAUAGGAGGAAGUUCCACAAAAAAUAUUGCUCAAAACUAACAUUUUCCAAGAACUCUAAAGCAAAAGGUUUCAGGAAAGUUAAUAAAACUGUAUAAGACAGCUCUUUAGUACUGAUCAAUGAACUGAGUUAGUUUCAAUGGACGCUCAUAAUUUGUUUUUGCCCAGAGGGGAUAAAAGCUUACUUGACGGAAUAAUCAAGUCUUUACUCAAAAAGUCUGUGUCAAAAAGCAAAACGUUAAGCCUGUCGUUUAGAUACUUAAAUUUAUCCCAGACAGAAUCUUUGAUGAUUUUAAAGAGUCUUUUUGAUUGUUCGUAGAUGGCGGGAAAUGCUAAGCAACAUAAAGUUCGAGGGAGUGACUCCUAUGCGAAGACUCAUUGAAAAAUUCCCAGAAGUGGCUAAGGUUAGAAAAAAUUCAUUCUUCUGAACCUAUUGUUUCUUUGGGGCUUAUCUCGUUCAUUGUGUUUGACGGUGGAAAAGAGAAAAUCCAAGAAAUCAUAUUAGAAGAACUUUAGUUAUCUGUAGGGAGAAAGGCAUGAGUAGAAUUAUAAUUAUUUCUCAAAUCAUGUGCUAUUUGGCUGCAUCCAAUCAGAAAAAUGAUCAGAAUAAUUUGGCACUACUUGGGAACCUACACCAUUCCGGGAUUUACGAUUCUAUCGAACCAAAAUAAGGGAGACAUUUGAAAUUUUUGUUUUUUACAAAUGAUUCACUGUAACUAUCGUUAGUGAUUUAAGAAAUAUGAUUUAAAAAUAAACGCCGCAUCAGAAACUCUAAAAAAUUUCAGAGAUAAACGCCGCGGCGUUUAAUCGAGUAAAUACAGUAAUAAAUUUAGAAAAAAAGGCUGUUUUUACUCAGCUUUGCAAAGUUUUUCUUUUUCUUGGUAAUAAUUAUCGCAUUUAUGAACACCUGUUAUUGUUUUUAACUGAGAUGAAACCUUUGUGUAUUUGAAGUAAAUGGUCGGGAUUUCAAUUUUUUCAGGUUGUCCUGGACAAAUGCAUUGAACGCUCACCACAUCUGGACACUGAUCCAAAUUACACGGUACGCUUUUAUACCUAACAAGAAAGCUUACAUAAAUUUUAAAGCGACUGUACAGGGCAAUAAAAACGUAACCUUUCGUUUUUAAUGCUACUCCAAUUUACAUUUUUUUUUGUUGUUGUCUUCAGAUCACCUACGAUUUCUCUUUAAUUUUUCCUAAAGAAGGAGAGAAUAUCGAUAUAAACCAAGAGAGAUACUGUGGCGCAAAGGUAGGAACUUGAUAAAGGCUGGUUUUCACUAGUGACGGAGUCGGAGUCGUGAGGCUGGGUCGUAAAGAGUGCUUAUGACUCAGUAAAAAUAAAAAAUCGGACUCGUAAGCGGGGUAAUAAGAGCAACAGAAUCAGAGUCGGAAGAAUCAGAACGUUUCCAUUUUCUUCACUUCUGACUCUGCUUAUGACACCGUCGUUUACCAUCUAGUGAAAACCACAUUGCCGGAGUCGGAAGCAGAAGUGGAAGAAUAAACCAGUCACAAUGCUUAUUCCCAAGCUUUGUGAUUGGUUUAUGGUUCUUCCGCUUCUGCUUGCGACUUCGAGAACUUAGUUUUCACUUGAUUGAAAGUGACGGAGUUGUUGUUUUCAAUGAUCGUAAAGUUCUACGCUUCUGAUUACGACUUCGACUCCGACUGACAAUCUGCCUUAUCUCAAUAAUUUGAGGUUUAUGUAAUGACUCACCUACACUAUGGAAAACGAAUAUUUUUUCUGUUGUUUGUAAAGCAUUCCUAUCCGGUGCGAGGUCAGCUUUCAUUCUUUCACAAGAUAACAAAUCCAGUCAGAGAUUUAAAAAAGCAAUUCCACCUUUGAGAUAUAUUUGCAAAAUUGCUUUUUCGACGCCUAUUUCAUCAGAUUCGUGUGGGGUAACCUUUUUUCUAGAGAGACGAAAAGAGUACCUGAUCUUAGGUUACGUGUGCACGGAAGGCGAAUCCGGAUCGGAGAAAAAACAAUAUCCCCUUUCAAUCAAAAAUGGAUGCAAAGGAGCCUCAGUCGCCCAUACACAUCACAGGGGAGACUGAAGCAUGGCGUGUCGUCACGCAAUUCCAAGCGCUCUACCCUAAAAUGAGAAUCAUACUGAGGAGACUUGAUAAAAAAUCCUUGCCAGGGAUUUUAGUAGCUUCACAGCUUAUGCCAAAUUGAUGUGUGAAACCAAUACAAAGACCGUAUUCAAUAGAUCUGCUCAAAUUGUGAUUAGAAAAAGACCAUGAAAUGACUCAUUGAUGAGGAUUGCUAUUGGCCACUCGAAAUGUACAUUGCGGCUCAGUGCAGUCGUUUUUGUUGUUUGAUCGGUUCGUGCAGUCGUCUAUUUGACAUUUAUAUUUUUAGCUUUUUAGCUACAUGCCACCAAAUUGUCGGUGAAGAGUAUUUUGUUUAUUCAUUAAUAUAUCCAUUCGUUCAUGUUUGUAGACCAUGUUAGACUGGUGCCGUGAGGAUCUGCUUUUUCAUCCGCUGACCAGAGAGAUGGUUCGAAUGAAGUGGUACGUACAAGUAUGUAGGGAUCCCACUUUAAAAAGACUUUUCCUCAGUGUGGCUCAAUUUUUACUUUGCCUUUGAGAGAAAUAAUAUUACUGGUCGCAAAAAGACUUCAUAAAUGUGAAAAUCUCUCUUGCCACCAAGACCAUAAUGUACCUUCUUCCGCCCCCCUUCCCCUCACCCCCCCGCCCAAAAAAAUUGUAAGCUAUUGUACAUAGCCAUUAUUUCCAAUUUCUACUGGGUAUUACAUUCGUUGCAAGAGAAAUCGAAGACAAUGGUUAUGCCAAUUUUUUAGGUGUAAACAAGGUGCAUUAUGGUCUCGGUGAGAAGAAUUGCACCUUCAAGUUUUUUAAAUCGGAAAAAGAGAUUAGACAAAUAAGGCUAUAUCCAAUCUAUACCGGGAUAGCUUUUUGUGCCGACACCAAAGCUUUUCAAGUAACUUGUUGCGCUUGGAUAAUGUCACAAAUAAAAAAUAUAUAAAUAAAUAAUAGCUAAAUAUUUCAUACAGUUUAACUUAUUAGGAAGUAAUAAAUGGUAUAUUUUUGUUUAGGCGUCAUAUUGGUCUGACAGUGUUUUUCUUUGGUGCUCUGUUGUAUGGUAUUUUCUUGGGAUUGUUUUCCCACUAUCUAUACUGCGUUCACAGUAAAACAAACAGCUCCUUUGCUAACCAGCACACACAGAGCUAUGAUCCACAAAAGGUACGUAAUGCACACAUAUUUCGUUGGACAUCUUAUGAAUUUUACACAACGUAGUAUUCUUCAUUGCUUCCACACUAUCUGUUCCAGGUUCUCAGAUAGCAGGGAUGACGCGAAAAUGAAAGGCACGCGAAAAUAUGAGUGCGUGGUCUGGGAAAAGGGGGCUGUGGUAGGAAAAAGUAAGGGAGCUACAAUAGACCUUAUUCUCGAUAUCCACCAUCUUUGCACCCGCUUUAGGAUUGGUGGGAUAAAAGCAAUGUCACGUGGUAUUUCAGGGGCAAACAAAAGAGAAAAUUUGCCAAUGCGAGAAAUCGCACUCGACUUUAUUUAUUCUCUCAAAACGAAACGACGAUUUGAUAGUCAUGCAAAAUGUAAGUUUGAGUUUCGAAAAAAUUAACGUCAUUAUUGUUUGCUGUGAGGACAUCUUCGGUGGCUGCUACAUCCAAAAAAGAAAAAAUGAUCACUUCCACCCAUAAUUUGCUAUUAUCGUCUUUAAUAGAAAAAGGUGUUCAUUUUCUGUUGUCAAGAAUAAACAAACUCCACCGCGAUUUCUUGUAUUGGAAAAAUUUAUCACCUGUUUCCCCCCUGAGAAACCACGUGACAUCGCUUUUAUCCCAUUAGUCCUUAAGCGCGUGCAAAGAUGGCGGGGAUCGUGAGUAAGGUCUAUUGCAGGUCCCUUCAUUUUUCCUUCCACAGCCUACAGGUCUAUUCGCUACAUUUUUGUCGGAAAUUUCGUAAGAGCCUCUCAUUAUUCAAGGUAUUGUCUCCAAGUUUCGUUUUCAAGUGAAUAGCAGUAAUUAACAAUGCAUUUGAAAUAUGCAGAAUUGUUAAGCUAUUGCAGCCUUUUUUACGGAAAUUAUUCGACAUUAGAUUCUCAUACAAACACUGUAAUUUCUCACGCGCUUGCCUUCUUGUCAUGAUGGCUUCCAAAAGCGUGACAAGGUCUAUGGAAGCGUUUCGAAGCAAAAAAAGCGCGAAAAGCUGUUUGCCUACGUACAGACGAUGCAUUGCGUUUUUCAGAACAUUCUUUUUCUCCGAAAGUUGUGUUUUUAGGGCAGCACUGGGAAUAAAUUAUUAGUUGUUAAGGCACAAGUACCUGAAAAUGUAUUACGUUGCUCUUUUAGAGUUGCAGAGAAGAAUUGUUGUACCCUGAAGAAAUUGUUAUUGCACUCUUUUGUUUGGCAAAUCUUGUGUUUGAAGUCUGGCAGUUGUACUAUGAGGUUAGUAUUAAACAAAAUUACCAAUUUACACUGAACCUGAUUUUGCUCGAAAAAUGGUGAAUAAAAUUCAUGGACAGCUGGACAAUUAAAGUUUCAAAAACUUAUCCAUUAAUUACCCUGCCGUUCGAGUUGCUUGCAGCUACUGGGCCAAAUGGUAAAAAUAUGCCAUUUUUGAGACGAGAGCCCCAUUCCCAUGUGAAGAAGGUCUUACCCUUAUUAUGACAAAGUUAGGAAGUAUGCUUGUCGUUAUACAUUUGCCAUCAGUACUGGUUCAGUCCUUACGGAUCAUACCCGCGAACUUCCGCUCUGCUAAACAUCGUCCUAUACGAUAUCGGUUGACAUAAGACAUUGUAACUGGAGGAAACUUGUCCUUUUUAAAAGACAUAGCCUUUUUUCUGCUGGAGACACCAAAAUCGUUUUAAGAUGACUUUAGCGUCUUGUAUGAAAACGGUAAAUGAUGCAGACGGCUUUCACUUAACCUGCGUCGUUCAGACUCAGUUAACAGACGACUUAAACGCCUCAGACAGUAAAUGCUAAAGUAUAUAAAAAUGGGAGGCCGUAAAUUGGGACGCAUUUAUGCCGUGCAGAAGCAACAGGGAGGAGUCAGUGUUUUGUCUUUUUUGUUCAGAAAACUCUGUUUUUAUCACUAUCCCGGUUUUUUUCACCACACGACUUAAACGGCUCUCGCAUUAAAAAGGCCAGUUUAAAAUUUUUCAUUUCUUGUUGUUGUUGUUGUUGCUAUUUUCAGCGCUGGAUGUACCUAGACAUGAUCAAUUUCUUUGAAGUGUCUACCUAUACAAUGACGCUUAUCACCAUUCUUCCUCCGACCGGAGGAAUUGAAAACACAACCCAGUGGGCUACAGGUGUUAUUGCGUUGCUUCUGGCCUAUGUGGCUUUUCUUGCCCAACUACAGCUGUAAGUCUCAUAUCUUGACGCACUUUAGGUUUUCCACUUUUCCACUUUUGCGUAAUGAUUAAGCAAAACAAGAAGUUUGCACGUGCAUCACGCUUUUUUGUACAUUUCUCCAUUUCUUUGCCGUCACUGCACGACUACGACUUGAAAAUGCCUAAUUUUACGUUUUAUGGCGGACGUAAACACCGAAGGACGAAUUUUUCUUUCUCUUUCUAAACUUAAGUGAUUCCCCAAGAAAUCAGCUCCAGGGUUUGACAUUUUCGGCGAAUUGGAAUAAACGCGACAAAGUUUGAAAAAACGCGAAUUCAUUUUAAAAGUGACGCUUUCGCUGCUGCACCUUUCUAAAUCUACAUAAACCCAUAAUUGUCGCCAAACGCGGAAAAUAUAAAUCUGAGGGUCUGAAGAUAUGCUGAAAUAGUUGGUAGCAGCAGUUAAAAUUAGUACUGUUUGUUUGUUUCCUCAGACUCUUUUGUUCAGGGAUCUACGUUACAAUGCUUAUUGAAGUCUUAACAUCUGUGUUUAAGGUAUGCAAAGCAAAAUCGUACUCAUCUAUAUAUAAUGAAAAAUAGAAUAAUGAAUUUACUGACUCAUUAACAAAUUACCCGAACGAAAAGUAAAAGGAAACACAAUCCUAAAUCUGUUUUAAUUAUCCGUUAUCCGGAGACACCUCAAAUUGGUUUAAAUCUAUUCGGUACUCCUUGAUGUCUGAAUAUGGAGUAAAACACUCACUGACUCACAUUGGGAAAUUUCGUUCUCCAGGUGAUAAUGGUCUUCUCAGUACUUUUUCUUGCCUACGGACUGAUUUUCUUCAUUCUCUUGGGAGACGAGGUGAGUGCAAUGUGAGGGCGUAUCUCUCUAUCACUCCUUUAAACCCCAGUAUCCACAUACAAAUUCUCCAGACCAAACGUCAUGCAAUUAGUAACCUACCAGGCGAAAGGCGAUCUAAGAAAUGACUGACAAAGCGACACAAACCGCCCCCCCCCCCCUCCCUCCUUGGAAGGCCUUAUUCCUAAGCGAUAAAAUCAUUGGCAAGAAGAAGAUUGAAUUUCGAUCCUGAACAUCCCUACUGAGAGUAAUAUUUGUCAUAAUUUUUAUACCCCUUUGCGAAACGACGACCAUCCGCUCCUCCAUCCGAGCGUCACUUUCAUACAGAACCCCCGGGUCUAGACUCCCUUACUCUGAACCGUAUCCAUUUGUACCUUAGCUAAUCACUAUUCUUUUGUUUGUAGCUGUCGUACCAGAACCCGUACAUGUCGGUCUUAAAGGUGUUUGACAUGAUGGCUGGAGGAAUUGAGUUUAAUCAUUACUUUGUCGAGAAAGAGAUCCCCAUGCCAGGCCUCGCUCGCUUUGUCUGCUUCACUUUCAUCAUUGUAAUGUCAAUCUCGCUCAUGAAUCUUCUGGUGAGCUCAUACUAAAUCAGGUUCAGGUUAAAAUACCAUCCUUUUUUUUUACGUUAAACUGGAUGUUUUACUCGCAGGAGUUUAGUCCACGUUCACCUAAAAACAUACUCAGUCCUCGUUACACAUCAACGCUCAACGAGAUCUUUUGGUCAGAGUUCAAAAAUCCUUGGAAUCUCAGAAUAGGGCGACUGAGGGGUUUUGUAUGGCCAGGAGAGGGAUCUUAAGACAAACAGGUUGCAGGUUAUGGUGAAAUGAUAUUCCUGCAACAGAUACAACUGUCAGAACUGUGCCAAAGGUAUUACGCCGGUGACGUCAGGGACAAUAUCUUCACGUGAUACUAACACGUGUUUAUCUUUUUCAUGGUUAGUCUAACUCUAGCUCAGUCAGCAGCAUAGUCUCCUAAAGACAAUGGUUCUCAGUCUCCUAAGUUCGUUGCAGACCAUUUUUUCUACAGUAAAUCUUCUUUCCAAGCUGUCUGUCGAACUAUAAUGUUCCGUUCCUUAGUAAAAAAUAAGAAUAUUUUGCAGUCAAUAGUCUGCGCUGGUUUUGCAAGAGGUUUAACUAUAUGAAGAUCUUUUGCAUACUAAAGUAAGCAGAGUUGGGAAAAGUUUACCCACUGUAAUUACUCAAACUUAUUGGCUACCCUUUACUGUAGAUUGGUUUAGCCGUUGGAGACAUUGAAGCAGUUCAGAAGACGGCAGAACUUAAGGGCCUCAAAACGCAGGUGAAAAUCAGGCCUGAGUUUAGUUUAUUCACCUCAAAUUAACAACAACAUGCUCAAAUCAAGAGCCGUCCCAUGACGAUUUAUAUACCUAAACUUCUCAUUACGUACAAAGGAGUGUGAGCUCUUUCUCUGUUGCGACGUAGAUACAUCUUUCAUAUAGAGAUCUAUCCGUGAGCAGUACAAAUGCACACUUUUUUCAUAUUAAGGUAGACGAUAUUUCUUGACUUAGAGUAAAGUUUUUUAAGAGUCCGGCCCGGGGGGGUACUCCCGCGAAUUUUGGAUAGGGGUGUGCUGCGACGGUUCGUGAACCCUAACCCUAUUUAAGGACUAAGAAAGCGAAAACUGAUACCCUUUUUAAGGCCGAAAGCCGAAAAAUGACACCCUAUUCAAGGAAAAAACAAAAUUAUCAAUAGCAUGAAAAAGAAAACUUUAUUUCUUCUCUGUAACAUUGGAUGUAUAGCAUCAAGCAUAAAAUACUAGAAUAAGCCUAGUUUUAAAAAAAUGUUCGUUUAGGCGGGCGUUUUCACACUCCAGUAUUAGAUAAUACAAUUAAGCUACCCUAUCUAAGGACCACACCAGGGACACAGAAACAAAAGGGUCAAAAAAGAUACCUUAUUUAAGGACCGAGAACCUCAAAAACCAUACCCUAUUCCGCGGCACGUACCUAUAUAGCCCAUAUAUGGGAGUACAUCCCCCCCCCGGGGGCGUCCGGUUACUAUGAAUGGACCUUCCUUUAAAUAGUCUGUUCUUUUUGAAGAUAAAAUUCAUUGUUUUUUGUAUCAUUUCAGAGGUUCGUUUUAGUAAUUAUAAGCUCAUUUCUGCAAACGGAGAGAAGCUGUCUUUCCACUGAAAAAUCGGCUACAACUUUUUUGUGGUGGCUUAAAACAUAUGAAUGAACUUUCCUAUAAAUAUGAGUUGUAAAAAACUUCCACAGUAGGCACAAGAAAAGAAGAGCCUAUUCCAUUCAUGCUGAAAAGCUUGGCAUUACUGGCCUUGGGUCCUUGAAUAUUAAAGAGCGAUUUUAACGACUACAUACAUGCUCUCAGUUUCCUCAAACAAACUUUUCUAAGACAUCUUUCCUUUAUCUAGCCCCUUUAUACGUCAAUGUAUUGUACGUUCUAAACUGUUAAACUAAAUCUUUUUUUUUUUUUCAACAGAUAGAAUCAAUAUAUCAGUUCGAAGAAAAGUUGCCCAAGCGCUUCCUGAGAAAACUUUACGUGCCUCGCUUAGUUAUUCGGCCGAACUCAGGUUCCAAUACUUUCUUAAAGAAAUUAACGGUAAGAGCUUCUCAAUAACGGGGACCGCGGAGACCAUUUUAAAGUGGUAGGGCUAAAAAAUCUGGCCAAUACAAAGAAAUAUUGAGGUCAAUAUUUCCCCAUUUAUCUUGCAUUUGCGCGCCAUCUUAUUUACAACCUCAACAAAUAUAACAUAAAAAUCCUCACCUGUUAUACUAUCUAAUGUAGCCAAUAUGUUAAAUAAACCUUCCGAAGAUUGCUACUUUUUGAAGUUGCCGCACUGCACUGUUUCUCUUGCUGUUCUGAUCACGGGAAACAAACUCCUGUGCAACGUCAGCUAUAGAAAGACACUGUUUGUUCUUUGCUUGUGACCAUUCAACACUACUAGGUUGCUAAACCUUUCGUCACCCAUCCUGGAUCGAAACCACGUUUUCAGACGCCGUGCAGAUGAGAUUGCUCGCCAGCAGGUAGCGGGAUUUACAGCAAGCAGCUUAGUUUGGACUUCCUGAAUUAGCCGUUUUCUUUUCUGGUUCUGGAAACGUUCACACCGCUAACAGGAUUUUGUCAAAACAUGAUAUCUUCUCCUCCUUUGACAAAACUUCCAAAAUACUUAGCUGCCCAGGUAGCGCCCCAGUCAACAUCUUCGCUCUAUGAUGCAUGCUUCAAGAAACUUGAACUCUGCGUUACAGUCGUCACCAUAGCAGUUUUAACCAAGAGGGUCUCCAUCUGGGCGUAGGAGCUGAAGCUUUCCUGAUUAAAGCGCUGAUCGAUAGCACUGACGAUAAGAUCAAUAGCCUCAUAAAAGACCCUAAAUUGAUCUUAGGCAGUUUGGGAGUAGCCUGGUGCACCAGCACCAACCUCCAGUCUGGCUGGAGUGCAUCGCUUUCUUGGAAACGUUGGUUAGACAAGCAGGCCUUCACUCUUUCGGGCAACAUUAGCAUAGAAAUAGUCAAAGCUCUGAUCGGUGCGUAUUUUUGUGAGCGUCUCCUUUGUUAGAUUUGCACGCGCUGUCCACUGACAGCAGCCACCUCCUUAGUACCCUGAAGAUCUUUAGAUAAAUCAUAGGUGUGGGAAUAAAGCCGCUCUCCAAGAUGCAAACCAAAGAAAAAGUCAAAUCACAUAUCGCCGAUGUGCGUGCAAGGAGUUGUAAUCGUUCCAGACACAUAGGCAAACAUCCCACUUUUCCAUAAGAGGUAUUUAGGUAUUUUAUUUAUUUGCCACACAAUUACAAUAAUUACUUAAAGAUGCCAAAAAAAAAAAAAUGUAGGAAGAGAUGGCGAGGAGGCCUAAAAGAAACUAUAGAGCUUAUGCUAAUUAGGCCUCCUCAAUUACAAUUUUUGGAAGAUGGCAUAAAAAUUACGGCGACGGGUACAAUAUAAUAUCAGGUGAAAAAUUAAACUAAUCAAUAUUACGGAACUUUACAAAUGUUGAAUAUUAAAAGGCUUUUUCCCAAGAUUUUUGUUGGAGUAUACUAAUAAUUAUUACAAAUAAAUGCCUUAAGUGCUCUUUUAAAGGAGAAAGGUGAGGAAGCGUUGAUGAUGUUGGUGUUUAAGGUGUUGUAAAAUUUAGAUCCUUGAUAAAAAACGGAAAAUUGUUUGGUUCGAGUACGACAGAAAGGCAGACGAAAUUUACACGAGUUUCUUGUAUUAUACGAAUGAAUUUGACUUUGUAAGGUAAAUUUACAAUGAAAUUUUAAAGGUAGAGUAUGGUUUUGAUAGGAGUACAUGAAUAAGCCCAGUUGUAUUAAGUAUAUAUCAUGAAAUUUUAAGAUACCAAGAUUUUGAAAGAUUGGAUCAGUAUGUGCAUCGAAAGUGGUUUUAGCUAUAGCUCUGAUCACUCGUUUCUGUAAAAUCUCAAGACGAAUAAGGUUAGUUCUGUAAGUAGAGGCCCAAACUAAGUUGCAGUAAAAAAGGUAUGGAUAGACUAGAGAAAAAUAUAGUGUUCGUAACGGUUUUCGUGGAUAAAUAGAAACUGGAUUUACGAAUAAUUCCUGUGCAUUUAGAAACUUUAUUGGCGACAUGUGAGAUUUCAGAUUUCCAAGAGCUGCAUAGUUCUCAAGAAUUCGUCAAAAAUAACUGGCUCUAACCGUCCACCUUUUUUUAUGGUAAAGUCCAUCAAUUUUACGGGAAUUUUUUCCAUGUCAGCUGGAGUCCUAUUAAAUAAAUCCCAGCAAUAAAAGUAGUCCUCCGCGGUCCCUGAAUUAAGAGACCAUUAAAUGUUUAAAAACCUAGCAGCGGGACAGUUUUAUCAGGUUUUUAAAAAAUAUAAAAGGGACAGUCAAGUGCUUUGCACUUUAGUAAUAAAACAGGAACUGUGGGUUUGAAAGGCGAAAAGAUUUUUCUUUAAUGUCUUUCCAUUCUUCGGCGAUAAUCGCCGGGAUAGCCUUCGUAGGUAGCGGGACCAGAGUUGGCUAUUGCUUCUUGGCGGGUGAGAAAUCUCAAUUUAAGUCUUGCAAUUGUUCUCGCGGCUUACAGCUUAAGGAAAAACAACGAAAGCACCCGUGAAAUGAAGCUGAAAUACGCCACAAAUCUCGUCAGCUACGCAAGCUAUCUUUAGUGUUUUGAUUAUUUUUCCUCAAAACCUUUAAAAAAAUUGAGACUCCUCUGGGAAUCGAUGCCUGACCUUUGAAAAGACCUAACCAGACUUUCUGUCCAACUGAAUUUAUCAAAACAACUGCGGAGCUGGGGAAUUGUAAAAUCUUUAUAUGAAAGUAGACCAAAACAAACCUAUAGAAUUUCAGUAAAAGCAAUGUACGUCAGUUCUCCUUGACCGACCACAAGCGCUCUCUCUUAAGGCUGAUACUGUCAUUGAUCUACAAUUUUUACUGACUCGACUGUAAGUAUGACCCGAGAACAAUGGACCUCUGCUCAUGUGUUUCAAAAGAAACUAACUGGGAGCUAUAACUUGAAUUAAAUUUGUGUUUUAGUGGUAUUUAGGCAUGGUAGAUUAUGCACCAUGGCGGCUGACAGAAUCCAGUCAGUCUGACAAUGAAGACAAGAUGACUGUCCUCCAGGAACAACUGAAAGAUCAUAAAGACUGGUAAACAUAAAGAUUGAAAUUGUAAUACAGUGUGAGGUAGGGAGAAGGCUAGGUGUUUAGGCGAUAGAUUUCAGCCAGGAGUCCGUCCUCAGUACUGCAUGCGCUCUGCCAUGACAACUCCUUCGCCUUGCUACCACACAUAUUUUGUUGCUGUUGAUGUUUUUCCCUUCCAGUUUUGACGCUUGUGUUUUUUUAAUCAUCGUAAUAGCACUUUAAGAAUCGCAGAAAUGCAGAAUAAUAACAGCUAACGCAACUUAAACUUAUUUAAGUUUUACUAAACAACUUCAGAAUAGACCUUGCCACAAAGCCAUUUUGACGAGUAGGCAAGCAAAUCUUGGGAAAGUUACCAAGCUUCAUCCAAAUCUCUUAAAAUUUUGAUCACGCGCUCCGGCUACUAGCAAUUUUCAACGUCUUCUCUGACUUCAUCGCACUUGGAAAUUUUAGCUGUGUGGUAAAAAGUAUCCCGUCCUUCAUCAAAUAAGUCAAUUUGAGCGCUCUAGCACGAUAGCACGUGGAACCUACUAUGCUUGCAAACAAGAGCCAUAAUGGGACAGCUGUCCCAUUAUGGCUCUUGGUACAAAACAAAACAAAGUUAGCAAAGUGUUAAUAACAUAUGAAAUAAAUCAUAUAUGAACUGCGGAAAUGAAAUGAAAAUGAAGAAAUGAUCGUCGCAGUGAACGCAAUUUACGCAAUUGCGUAAAGAAGCCUGAAAAAAAUUCAGGAUUCAACGGGGUUUGAGCCCGUGACCUCGCGAUACCGGUGAGAUGCUCUACCAACUGAGCUAUGAAGCCACUGACGUUGGGAGCAGGUCAAUUGACCUGCUCUCAACGUCAGCAUUUUCAAAGUUAGCAAAGUUAGUCAGUGGACGAGUGGGUGAGGCAUCCAAUCAAUGACAUGGCGCUUACUCUGACCUGUUACCAUGCCUCCCGGGCAAAUCCCCGGGGAUUUGCGAUUUUUUUUUCUUUCUUGGUGGUCUAUUCCCCACCCCCAGGCACGUAGAAGGAGACAAUUCCCCACACCCGAGCUCCUGAUCGACCUCACAUACGUUUUUUUGGAGUACAUCUUUUUUAGAGCAAUAGUAAUUUCCGUACCUUAGCAAAACGAGACGUUUUCAGAACUUUGAUAAACGUUUUCUGGAGUUAAUUGAGAGAAGGGAUAAGACUGUAAAAAGUCUUGUAUCCGUUUUCAUAUACAGUCUACAUUUAAGUUGUCUCAUUAUUAAACUAUAGGCUGAAGAAAUAUUUCUUUGUUUUUUCUUCAUUCAAGGACGCACUUUACGCACAUUCGUUUGAAAUUUUAAAACACACCUUCAAAUAGAAACUUUAAUUUUGAUAGGUUAUUCCUCUCCAACCACUCUCCUAUAAAUUCCUGCAUUUUCCCUUUGAAAUACGUAGUCUUAAGUUCCGCAGCUUCGUGCAAACCGCGCGAGAAAUAAGACGUACUUCGCAAAAUCAAAGAGAAGUUAUUUUUGAUUUGCCCCAUUCCCUACUCCUGGGACAGUACCGCUUCAAACAAUUCCCCACCCCGGGGCUCGAAGAGCUGGACUUGCCCUGGGGAUUGCCCGGGGAGGAUGGUAACAGGUCAAAUUGAACCAUGAAUAAUGCUCGAUGUCGAGACUGCUUGGACCAUAAGAAGCCUCACCUUUUCCUCAAUCCGUCGAGCGAAAGCCUCACACGCGCCGACUUAGGGUUGACGCCCUUAUUUCACAAAACUUUCUCAAUUCCCGCAGCUUCCUCUCGGCGUCAAAGUUUUUUCCGAGGGUUGAUGAAACAGGCCUGCAGAGGGAUGGGAGGGAAUAACCUAACAGACACUUGAUAGAGCACAAAUGGUAAAAAAAAUGCAAAUGAAUACUGAUACACUUUUUCUUGCUUAUUUUCUAAAAUUUUUUUUUUUAUGUUGAUCUUUUGUUUUUUCAGCAUCACAUCGUUAAGGACGGAACUGUAUACCCAAAGGGCGAUACUCGAAAGUAUCUCUAGUCAGUUAGGAGCCAGGGCGAAUGAUGGAAGAAGUCUGCUGGACGACUGUUAGAGAAUCCUUAAAGACCAGGCCCCAGUUGUUCAAACGUUGGAUAGCGCUAUCCACCGGAUAAAUCACAGCGGAUAAGUAUUAGAGAAAUCAAUUGCGCUAUCCAGUGGAUAGAUUUUUAUCCUGUGGAUAGCGCCAUGCAACUUUUGAACAACCGCAGCCAGUUUCGUUUCCAAAGAUCAUUUGCAGGAGUCUUAUCCUGUACAAAGGAUACCGUAUUUACUAGAAAGAGCGCCGCAUCUUCCCAGCAACAAUACGGCGUAGCCUGGGACCGGGCUCCGCAGUGGAGGAAAAAGACAAAAAAACAGGCUGAAACAGUAAAAAAAUAUAUAUUGGCGUGCGAGGCAAGCUGAACAGUGGACUGGGGAGGAGAAAGGGUCCCAGACUACCGCCCAGCUCGCCAAUACGGCGCAUGCGCAUUUUCAAUUUUAACUUGGUUAAUCCUAAAAUGAUAAUACGGCUGAUAUUGUUAGAUGGCUGUUGAUUAGAUAAUAUUUAUUUGGAUCUGGAAAGAGACAUAGACCUUAAAACUAACUUUCAUUACAUUACAUCCUACUACCUAUAUGGCUGCUAUCAAUCUCAUUUUGAACAAGAUAAAGAAAAACAAAUAAAUGUUUCCUACUAAAAACAAAUCGCAG